AUGUCGGACGGGGAGGCAGAGCUCAUGGCCCGGGACGCGGUGGAGGCCGACGCGGAGAUGCUGCCGAGUGUUGGGAUGAUGGAGAGCGAUAACUACAGAGAGGCUCCUCUCUCCUCCUCCUCCUCCUCCUCCUCCCUCCUCUCGCAGUCCUUGGAGGAGCUAGAGGAUGAGUUCAACCGGCAUGAGCUCCUGCGCAUCCCUGGACUUGUUGGCUCCCUCAUCAACCUUGUGAAGAAGACGUCCGAGUCAGAGAGCUCCCUCACGCUGCAGCUCAACACCCAGGACGUGUCUGAGCCCGUGAUGCAACAAAUAAAGCUGAUAGAGAAUCAAUUCAAUUCCGAGAAGUGCAAAGUCGAUCAGGUCUGCGAAGACGUCUGCCAACGGAUGCGAACCAUCCUGAACUCGCAGAGGAAGACGAGGCAUGUGUCAGAGCAGGAGGAGAACGUACAUUGCCAGGCCAUCCAGGCCAAGUUCCAGUACCAGGAGUACGUCAACGACUGUCUGAACCAGCUCAACCUCAACCCCGACGGGUCUGUCUCUCAAGUUCCUAGCGCAAGCCCGCACAAGCUCAUCAAGCUCUCCGCUGGCAGUGCGGGCGAGUCAGGAAAUGACAGUCAGCCGAGGAGGAAACGAGAAAAUCUCCCGAAGCGCGCGAUUGAGAAGCUGCUGGAGUGGUUGAACCAGCAUUGGGGGCAUCCGUACCCUUCUGAGCAAGAGAAACAGACGCUGGCGGACGCGACUGGGCUGAAUGUCAUGCAAGUGAGCAACUGGCCCGAGAUCCAGAAGCAAGCAGAAGCAGUGGUGUCGAAGCAGCAGAGCGCCUCUGCGGGCAUGGGCUACGCGCUGCAGAUACAGAAAGGACUGAGAGGCUCCGUCCAGUUCCCUAGCGCCACGGACGCUCCUGGUGAGACUUCCAACGCCAGCUCGGAGGAUGGUGGGCAGGUUGCGUCCAGGUCAGGGGAGGCUGAAAAACCUGCCAGGGAUGGUGGAGAGGAGGUGAAAGCAGGAGCGGAGGCGGAGGAGAAGAAGGCAGAGGUCAAGGAAGCAAGUAGCAAGGAAGCAGAUGCAGCGGGCAAGCAGGAGCAAGGGGCGAGUGAUCGCAAGAAGGAGAGCAAAAGUGAGCAGAAGCACAAGUCGGACGAGCAGGGCAGGGGGAAGGCCAAGACACAGGAGGAAGCGCAGGAGGACGAUCAGUCAGGGAAGAAGGCCGAGGAGAGUGGCCCCGCCCAGAACGGGAAAGAGGAGGCCGGGAAGAGCAAGACGCGGUCCAAGUCCGCAAGCAAGCAAGCAGAGCCAGCGGCCAGCCCAGUCGUCAAGUUGCGGCCAAGGCGCUCGGUGAUGUCACAGGCGCCAUCUGCUGUUACUCACGGCUGGACUUGCAGAAGGCUGAGAGCCACGAGGAGGAGGAGGAGGAGGAGGAGACGAAGCCUGCAGCCGCCAAGAAGGUUGCGAGGCUGCGGCAAUGCGAACGCUGACGAGGAGGAGGCGAAGGUGGAGCAGAAGGGGCAGGGGAAGGGCACUGGUGCUCGCAAGGGCAAGACAAGACGGAGCUAG